AGGUGUUUUUCUAAGUAACUUGUCUAACUCUCACAUCCUGGACGAAAAGUGUGUCUUUUCUGAACUUUCUUUGGAGCCCUCUAGCGACUGAUGUUACAGCUACAUCUGGAUCAUAGCCUUAGUUACUAGUUACCCAGUUACAAUCUUUUCCUCUUCAAGAAAAUGGCUUCCUCGUCAUCGGCAACUUCUAGCACUAAGCGUAACUUCGCAGUUGCUUUUGAAGAUGAUGUGCAGGAAGGAGCGAAGGGAAUUUGUGACAACUACGGUCAGGAGGAUCCUUUUGGAGAUGACGAGGAUGGAUGGAAUCUUACGAUUGACGAUGAAGGAGAUCUUGUCUUCGACGUAGCUUAUUGCUGUUGGAACGGUGUCGAAUACUAUUCGAAAAACUGUUUAGAGGAGGAAGACAAAGGGGGAGAAAUUCUUGGUGGUGAAGAUGAUGCUGCUGGUGGAUCUGGAAGCACACGCAUGGCGAGUACGAGUGUACUACAAAGAGGCACUUGUGCGUCGCAAGAUAGUGAGAUGAAGGCGUGCGAGAUACAAGAGCAACGUCGUGGUGAUGCUGAGCCUUCUAGUCAAGAAAAACCAGAGGCUAAAGUCGACGCUUCUAGGGAGUUGUUUGGCAGCGGUAAGCGUCUUGUCUUCAAGGACAUGUUGUCAGAAGGUGUCUUCGGCGAAGACGAUGUCCUCGGUGGCGACGAACUGGAAGGUAAGGGGACAACCGCUAGAAGUCUAGAAGCAGAAAUUCUCUCACAACCACAUCUAGAAUCCUCUAGUACCAUCACCUGUGUGGAAGGAACGGGAGUUUCAGCUGUUGGUCAGAGUAUUGGUCAGAGUAUUACGAGCAGCGCCAUAAACGUAACGUCAUUAAGCAAAGCUGAAGGUGGAGCUGAGAUAAACGUGCUGAAAACGGAAGAGCAAAAAGUCUCCACAUCACUACAGGGGGACGAAAAAAGCAGCUGCGCAACCGUUUCUACAGAAGCACGUAAGAUCACUUCUAAGUCAGCUACCGCAUCAUCCCCAGAAAAGAUAGAAGAUCUUACCACAACGGUUUGCUCCAAAACUACUACUACGUGUGUUUCCGAACAGCUUCUGAUUGAAUCUUCAUCUUCCUCCUGUGCCGCCUCCGCAUCCGAAAGCAGUAUGAAAAAUGUUGGGUCUCCUGUAGUGAUAAAGAGUUUUUCAUCUCCUGGCGCUGGGCGAAGUGCUACGAUUGCUGACCUGUUCCCCGAGGAUGACCCUGAGGUCGUCGCUGUUGAGGAGCGCGGGCGACAGAAGGAACAGUUAGAUCGCAAGGAUUCAGCCAUUAUCUCACGUAUAAAGACUUCGGAAGCUGCGAGGACACCGCUUCGUGACCACACGCCUCUGCGCGGUAGGUCAAGAGGAACGGCUGGUGCUCGCCGAGAUGAUGAUACUGGCUUGAUAUUAGGUGCUGGUGGGCUCCCUUGCGGAGCAGCGCCUCCGCGUACGCCAGGUAGGAGGACGCCUGCUGGAACACCCAGUCGCACACCUGCAGUGAGUAAAUCGGAGAUUCGAAAGCGUCUGCAGCGGCACGGUUCUGCGGCGGAGCGGCUCCUAACACCUGCGCGGUCUCCGUCAGGUUUAUUUGACGCCGAACCGGCAUUGGACCGGGAGGUAAUUGUUCGUAAUAAUUUCUUAGCUCAAAAAAUAUACUUCUAUGGGAUGUGAUAUCUAGCUCCGAUUGCAUUACCCAUGCAACACCUCACAUGUGUGAUAAGACAUAGGUUACUUGUCUCCGGAUGAAGCAUAUGCUGAAGCUGAAUUGGUUGUUUUUGAAAGCCGGCGAGGAGAAUGCGGAAUAUCUGAAGUGCGGCUCCGCGCGAAAGGUGUGCACAGUCGAUUACGAUGAGGAAAAUUUGUGCAUAGAGGUCACCUUCGGUCCGCAGACAGCGCCGCGUCGAGCGGAGGCUGUGACGCCACUUCGCAGUGUCAGUUCUAGUGCCAAAAUAACACCAGUAGAGCCUAAUUGUACAGCUACUAGUCAGCAGCCACGAGCGGCUACCCCGCUUGCCAGUCAUGGUGGUUCCGCCGCGGCGACGCCAGAACGACCGGGAGGGGUGCCGCAGACCCCCUAUAACGGCCGUGCAGAUCUGGUUCUCGUGAUCAUUUUCUUGGCUAGGCAGGACUACAGAAUUUUCAGAGAAGCUAUGGAGAGCAAGAAAAAUCCGUUCAAGGACCCAAAUUCGAUCUACUACUUGCCACCAGAGCGAUUCGAGGAUGAGUUUUGGCGCCGCCAGGAGACACAGACCGCAAAGAGAAAGCGCAAGGGCAUUUCGAGAGUGCUAGUUCGAGGCCACAGCAGAAAAGGCCACUAUGUAGCGCCACACUAUCGAAAGGUCCUCACAAAUGAAAAGUACAAGAGCAAAAAGACCUGGGUCGAUCUCUUCGAGUAAAACGAAUUCCAAUUCCUUGCUGAUGUGCUAAGAGAUGAAAGGACAACCACGCAUAUAUCGAUCCUCUUUCGAAUUUCAGGGACAUCUAGUUAAUACGAUGUAUCAGAAAAUGAGACUCCUUUGAAGAGAUUGAUUCUCACGCGUCGUUUCAGAGGACACUGACUAGGCAAGUCAUACAACAAGCAGGCUCACGUAGUGGCUGUAACCGGCUUAUCGGUGUUGCCCGCAUGUGCCUGAUGAAAAUCUGAAUGCUGUACAAAAAAAGGAUCUACUGAUCUUGUUCUUGAUUACGUAGCAAGUAUGGAAU